AAAAAACGUACAUCUGGCUAGUGCAGAAACGUGACAUGUGAAAAAUGAGCCACAAUUCGAAAUAUUACAAAAAGACCUUGACGAAAUGUAAAGGCAACAGGAGCCUAACGGAGUUUUUUUAAAAGUAAGGUAAUUGUGACGAUGAGCUUCAAUCAAACGAAAUUCAAAAUGAAGAAAAUGAAACUGAUAAUGACAAUCAAGCAGAAAUUGAAUGUGAUGAAAUUUCUGAUGGUUCAGAAACAGAGUCGACCUCCGAGUCUCUUCAAUGCAGUCAGGUUGAUCAAUCUCAGAAAGAAAGUCAAACAGAUAGUGAUUUAAGUGAAAAUGAUGACAUAGGUGCCAAAUCAGAAUUACACGAUAAACGAUUAUUUAAUGCCAAGAAAUACGAGGAUAUCUAUAAAUGGCUAUAUUUCAGCCAUUCAAAAUGGGGGUAUUUAUGCAAAUACUGCGAAAUAUUUUCAUCUACACCUGAUCAACUGGGGUCUUCUAGAAAAUUCAUAGAGGAAGGCGUCAGUUUAGGCACUCACCCUACACGUAAAUUUCAGAAACAUGAAGAGAGCAAAAGACACCAACAUGCUCUUCUAAAGCAUGCAUCAGCUGUCACCAGUAAAAGUAAUAGAUCUACUUUAUUGAAUAUCUGGAGCUCAAUGACUGAUGAAAAUUCCAAAAGUAAAAUGGAUAAUAGAAAUUAUCUUGAGAAACUAUUUAAAUGCGCCUACUUUAUGAUCAGGAAGAAGUGGGCUUUAACAGAAAAUUUUGAAGAUUUUGUGCGUUUCGUUGGUCAGGUAGGAUGCCAAGAAAUCCAGAGAUAUCUAGAAAAUGACCCUAAAAUAACUUACCUGUCAUCAAAAUCAGUAUCAGACAUUUUGAAAGCUUUAAGUGAUGCAGUAGAAGAAAAAGAGUUGGAAUCAUUGAGGAAUGCUCCUUACUUUGCCCUCUUAGCAGACGAAAGCACGGACGAAGCAAAUAGAACCCAGUUUGCCCUCUUGGCCCUCUGGCCCUCUGAGGGGAAGUUUGAAGGUCGCUACUUAGGUCUCAUCAAUGUGAAAAAAACAGAUGCUCAGAGUCUUCUGGAGGCAAUUCAGCAGUUUUUUUUAGCCAAAGAUCUAGAUUUUGAGAAAGUUCGAUUCACAGCAUUUGAUGGUACUAAUACAAUGAGUGGUGAAAUAUCAGGUUUACAGAGAAGAGUACGACAUAUUUCUCCGCAUUGUUUAUACAUUAAUUGUCGAAAUCACCGACUUGCUUUGUGCUUAAAACACCUUAUGCCUACAUAUUCAUCCUUGAAAGAUGUUGAUAGUGUUCUUUUGUCUCUCUGGAAGUUAUUUGAACACUCACUUCGCAGACUCACAAUGUUCCAAGACCUUCAAGAGAUGUAUGGUAUGAAGUCUUAUGCACUAGUCAAAGCUGUGUCUACUCGAUGGUUAUCUCAUGAGAAAGCUUGUAGCAGAGUUAUUGACAGGUAUGGGACAAUAAUAGACAUUUUAGAUGAGAUUUAUGAUGAAAAGAAACAACCUGAAGUAUACGGAAUUCGCUUUUGCUUGACACAGCAAAAUACCGUUGCCAUGAUGAUGUUACUGUGUGAUGUGCUGAAACCCUUGUCACACUUGAGUGUGUAUUUACAAGGAGAGUAUGUAAAUUUCACACACAUUGGCACACAUGUCAGACAUGCAACUGAUACUCUCCAUGACAUUAUACAAAAACUGCAAGGACCACAAAUUGAUCCUGAGCUUAAGUUUUCCAAGAUUCAGGAGUUUUUUUGAUGAAAUCACUGACAGAACACAGUUGGCCAUGAGACGUAGAAAUCUUCAUCACACAACUCCAGAUGACUUCUUAAGAACCAUAGGAGUCCCAUUCAUUUAUUUAUUGAUUGCUGAAGUGUAAGAUGCAUUUAGAUGUAAACCAGUUUUGCAAGCACUAGGAAUACUAGACCCUAGA